AUGGAGCCUGACAAAGAGCACCAAGAACACACCGAACAAGCCGGCGCCAGCAAUGGCCAUACCAACGGCAACGGCAACGGCAACGGCGUCGGCAACGGCGUCUUCAACAACAACAACACAGACGACGACAUCACCAUGGCCGACCUCCCCCGCGCCAUCGUCGAAAAAGGCCCCGAGCUCGUCGACAGCCAUGUCCCCUUACUAACCUGGCGAUCCGUGGUCAUGGGCAUCUUCGUCUCCAUGGGAGGCUUCAUCUUUGGUUACGACACCGGUCAGAUUUCUGGGUUUUUGGAAAUGGAGGAUUUCCUGCGCUCGUUUGGCCAGUGGAAUGGGGAGAAGUAUGUGUUUAGUAAUGUGCGAAGUGGGCUGAUUACUGCAUUGUUGUCAAUCGGCACAUUGAUCGGCGCUCUCGUCGGCGCCCCCGUCGCUGACCGCAUUGGACGCAAAUGGUCCAUUUCUCUCUGGUGUAUCGUCCUCUGCGUCGGUCUAACCGUACAAAUUUCUUCGCCUCACGGCAAAUGGUACCAAGUCAUGGUUGGCCGUUUGAUUGCCGGUUUCGGUGUCGGUGCGCUAUCCUUGAUUGUGCCCAUGUAUCAAGGUGAAAGCGGUCCUCGACACAUUCGUGGUGCUUUGAUUAGUUUGUAUCAACUGUUCAUCACCCUCGGCAUCUUUAUUGCGUACUGCAUCAACUACGGCACCGAGUCGAUGAAUAACUCCGCCUCGUGGCGCAUUACGAUGGGAAUUACAUACCUCUGGACAAUUAUUCUCGGCGGUGGAAUUGCUUUCUUCCCGGAGUCGCCACGGUACGACUACCGACACGGUAAAGUCGACAAGGCCGUUACCAACCUGGCCAAGAUUUACGGCAUCCCCGAAAACCAUCGUGCCUUGGCCCAGGAGUUUGAAGAAAUCAAGCAAAAAUACGAAGAAGAAAAAUCUCACGGCGAAAUCACCUGGUGGAUGAUGCUGAAUGCACCGCGCAUGAAAUACCGUAUCGCUAUUGGAAUGCUCCUCCAAGCCUUGCAACAACUCACCGGCGCAAACUACUUCUUCUACUACGGUACAACCAUCUUCCAAGGUGCCGGGAUCCAGAAUUCAUACGUCACACAAAUGAUUUUGGGCGGUGUCAAUUUUGGAACCACUUUCUUGGGAUUGUAUAACAUUCAACAUUUCGGUCGACGCAAGUCCCUGAUUGCAGGCGCAUUGUGGAUGUUUGUAUGCUUCAUGAUCUUUGCUUCUAUCGGUCACUUCUCACUCGAUCGCCAAACACCCGAAAACACCCCGGGAGCCGGCAAGGCAAUGGUCUGUUUCGCCUGUUUCUUUAUUCUCGGAUAUGCAUCAACAUGGGCACCCAUGGUCUGGGCUAUUUGCGCCGAAUUAUAUCCUUCCGAAUUCCGUGCUCGCGCCAUGUCGCUAUCAACAGCAUCAAACUGGCUUUGGAAUUUCUUGCUCGCAUUUUUCACCCCCUUCAUUACGGGGGCCAUUGAUUUCCGAUUUGGCUACGUCUUUGCAUCGUGCAUGUUUGCGGCUAUGUUUGUGGUUUAUUUUGGUGUUAUUGAAGGGAAAGAUCGGACGCUGGAAGAGAUUGAUACCAUGUACGUGCAACACGUCAAGCCGUGGGAAUCGUCAAAGUAUGUUUUCCCGGAGAAUGAGUUUCAGUCUUCUGUUUCGAGGGGUGUGGAGUAUGGGAAGCCUGAGACGACGCAGGCGGAGCAUGUUUAACUUUUUACCUUACGAUUGGUGAUUAUGAAUAUCAUAGCAUAUACGUACAUUAAGAUUCAAUCCAUAUCCAACUUAUUAUUCAUUUUCUGUCCCUCCAAACCAUAACCCAAACCCCCACCUCACUAUCUUGAGUAAUACUAUUAUCGAGUAAAUCUCCAAACCCAAUCCUUCCCAAAACCUCAAAUCCACCUUUCUCGUACAAUCUCCUGCCGCUAUCCGAACUCCAAACCCAAAUUUCCACUCUUUCCUCUUUUGCGACGUUGAUUCCCCAUGAUAAUGCUUCUAUUCCGUAUCCCUGUCGUUGGUGAGACGGCG